AGGUGGAGUAAAUCUGAGCCUGUGGGGUGAGCAGCGCAAGGCUGAGGAAAGAUGCAUGAAAACAGACUGCAGAUGGGUGAGAUAAACAGGAUCCCCGGGCUGCGACUGAGUAGGCAGGCCUCUUUAAUGGCUCUUAGCAACGCCCCUGCUCUGACCCUCCUCAUAUGUGAGGGAAAUCAAAUCAAUACACUGCUCUUCAAACCACGAUGCUGCUGCAGCAGCAGGGCAUUGUGGCAGCCUUCGUCUCUUAAAUUCGUCAACGCUUCUCAGUCUGCUGAUCUCUGGAUAUCCACCCUUGCAUCUCUGCUGAGGAAGACUCUGACUGCAUCUUUAAUCGGAUUGCUUGAGCUCCCAUGUACCACCUUCUUCUUCUUAGCAAGUAUUAGAGAUGGCUAACAGAGGACCAAGCUAUGGCUUAAGUCGAGAAGUUCAGGAGAAGAUUGAACAGAAAUAUGACCCGGAAUUAGAGUCUAGGUUGGUGAACUGGAUUAUUGUCCAGUGUGGAGAACACAUAGAGCACCCUCCUCCUGGAAGGCAACAUUUUCAGACCUGGCUGAUGGAUGGAACGCUGUUAUGCAAGUUAAUAAACAGUUUACAUCCAAAGGGAAAUGAGCCCAUCACAAAGAUCUCUGAAUCAAAAAUGGCUUUCAAGCAGAUGGAACAAAUAUCUCAGUUCUUAAAAGCUGCUGAAAUCUACGGAGUAAGAACAACAGAUAUUUUUCAGACAGUGGAUUUAUGGGAAGGGAAGGACAUGGCAGCAGUGCAGAGAACCUUAAUGGCUCUAGGCAGUUUGGCAGUCACCAAGGAUGACGGCUGCUACAAAGGAGAUCCAUCCUGGUUUCACAGGAAAGCACAGCAGAAUCGACGAGGAUUUUCAGAAGAGCAGCUUCGUCAGGGACAGAACGUAAUAGGCCUUCAGAUGGGCAGCAACAAAGGAGCAUCACAGUCGGGUAUGACAGGCUAUGGAAUGCCAAGGCAGAUUAUCUGAAAACAUCUCUGUCUGUGGAGAAAACACUCUUUCUGCAGCAUGGUCUGUUAAGAAAAAAAAAAAACAAAACCACACAAAACAAAACAAAAACAAAAAAAACCAACAAAAAAAUCUCAUUAGUUCCCUUUCUGCCUGUUUUUUAAUAGUUAGUGCUCUCUGAGAUUUGGGGUAUUUUUGGUUUGGUUUGUUUUCUUUGCAGCUGCAAGAGUUCAUCUAUGAACUUGGGUUUUUGUGGUGGUGUGUAUCAGUUCACAGCACGUGCGCACUGCUGCCUCCUACUUUUCACUUCUGAACUAUGCAAAGACAAUUAUUCUGUAUUAAUUUAUUUGCAAAGUGUUAUCUUCCAUAUUUGUCUCACACUGCACUUGUAUUUCAACCAGUAACCUCGUUCUUCAAUUCAGUGAUGAUAUUGUUUGACGUAAGAAUAAAGACAAAUUAAAGACA